CUCUGCAAUUUCACAGCAAAAUCAAGAGAGAGAGAGAGAGAUGGCUAUCUUAAGCUGCUUGAGUGAUGUGAGGCCUCCGAUGACCAUUCAUCAGCCAAGCAUUUGGGCUGAUACUUUCACUAACUUUUCUUUUGACGAAAAGAAACAACAAAAGUAUGCAGAUGCAAUCGAAGAAUUGAAGGAAGAAGCAAGAGACAUGUUAAUGGCUGCAACAGCUCCUCUCAACCAAUUGAUAUUAAUCGACACAAUCGAGCGGCUAGGAUUGGCCUAUCUUUUUGAGACCGAAAUCGAACACAAACUCCAACAAAUCACACACGACGAUGACCUUCUUCACCACUCCGAUUUAUUCACUACAUCACUUGGAUUUCGCUUGCUCAGGCAACACCGCCACCACAUUUCUUGCGAUGUUUUCAACAAGUUUGUUAACAAGGAUGGUAUGUUCGAAGAAGGCGACGUUGAAGGAAUGCUAAGCUUGUAUGAUGCAGCUCAUGUUCGAUUUAACGAUGAGAACAUGCUAAAAGAGGCUGCCGAUUUUACAAGGCAUUACUUGAGUAGUCGCGAAGCAGAGUUAGAGUCUCACCUUAAAGAUAGAGUGAAGCGGGCUUUGAAGCGCCCGCUUCAUAGAGAUAUUCCCAUCGUCUACGCACGAAUUUUCAUCUCUAUAUAUGAAAAAGAUCCCUCAAGAAAUGAACUUCUUCUCAAACUAGCAAAACUCAACUUCAACUUUUUGCAGAAUAUAUACAGGAAAGAACUCUCCCAAGUCACCAGGUGGUGGAACAAGUAUGAUCUAAUGUCAAAAAUACCAUACACAAGAGAUAGGGUGGUGGAGGCUUAUGCUUGGGGUGUAGGAUACCACUAUGAGCCUCAAUACUCUUAUGUUCGAAUGGGAAUUGCCAAAAUCAUACUGUUUAUUGGAGUUUUGGAUGACACAUAUGAUAAUUAUGCCACAAUUAAUGAAGCUCAACUUUUCACUCAAAUCUUGGACAGUUGGACUACAAAUGAAGUUGAUCGACUCCCACAAUACAUGAGAAUUGUUUAUCAAUUCAUUUUAAGUGUAUAUGAGGAAUAUGAAUUUGAUGCAACGCAAUUUGGGAAAAGGUUUGCAGCUCCUUAUUUCAAAGAAAUGGUGCAACGUCUUGGGAGGGCUUACAAUCAAGAGUUAAAGUGGAUUAUGGGAAGACAAUUGCCUUCAUUCCAAGACUAUCUUGAAAACUCUGAGAUAACAAGCGUCGUUUAUAUCAUGUUUGCUGCUAUUAUUCCUGGAUUCAAAUCUCUCACCCAAGAAACUAUUGAUUGGAUAAGAAGUAUGCCCAAACUUGCAAAACCAACUAGUAGAAUCGGUCGAUACUAUGAUGACAACGGCACUCAUGAACGUGAGAGUAAAGGAGGGCAAAUGCUGACUGUGAUGGAUUGCUACAUGCAAGAAUAUGGGGUGACAAGGCAAGAGGCAGUGUCUAAAUUUGUUGAACUGAUUGAAGAAACAUGGUAUGAUUUAAACAAGGAUUGGGUGGAGACCACGUUUGUGCCUAGAGAAAUCGCCAUUCAGUUUAUCAACUAUGCUCGAAAUAGUGAAGCAAAUUACAAUAGAAAUAGUGCAGACGGUUAUAGCGAUCCUCAUGUUGUCAAGGAAGAUGUUGUUGCUCUCUUUAUUAAUUCAAUAGUCAUUUAA